AUGGCCAGGAUCGCUCGGAAUAAGAAAGCCGCACUGGAGAAGCUGUCUUCCGGCCUCACACCUUCUGGUUUUGGAGAGAGUUGGAAAAACAGUUUGUCAGCAGAGUUUGGGAAGCCUUACUUCAGAAGCCUGAUGGCAUUUGUGUCGGAGGAGAGGAAACGUCACACCAUUUACCCACCGCAAGAAGAGGUGUUCACGUGGACAGAAAUGUGCAAUAUUCAAGAUGUCAAAGUGGUGAUUCUUGGACAAGACCCAUAUCAUGGACCAAACCAGGCUCAUGGAUUGUGCUUUAGUGUGCAGAGGCCAGUGCGGCCACCUCCAAGUUUGGAGAAUAUCUACAAAGAAUUGACAUCUGACAUUGAAGGUUUUACACACCCCGGACAUGGGGAUCUAACUGGAUGGGCCAGACAAGGAGUGCUGUUGCUCAAUGCUGUGUUGACAGUCCGAGAACACCAGGCCAACUCUCACAAAGACAAGGGCUGGGAGACCUUCACAGACGCAGUGGUUCAGAACAUCAACAAAAGUCUGAACGGCGUCAUCUUCAUGUUGUGGGGAUCAUAUGCGCAGAAAAAGGGUGCCGCCAUUGACCGAAAACGGCACCAUGUCCUCAAGGCUGUACAUCCUUCCCCUUUGUCAGCACACCGUGGUUUUUUUGGCUGCAAACAUUUUUCAAAAGCCAACGAGUUGUUGGUUGAAUCGGAGAACCUCCUUCAACAAUACCUCUUACUUCUCAAGAAUUACCCAAUACUCACUAAAUCUGUAACGAGUGGUAUCCUGUCAGCGUUGGGAAAUAUUUUAUCUCAAGUUUUGGAGGCAAGAAAAAAAGCCCGACAUGGAGCAGCAGCUACAGAGAUUGACAGUGUUGGGGCAGGUCGAUAUGCCAUCUUUGGGCUGCUCUUCACUGGACCUCUGAGCCAUUACUUUUACCAUCUGAUGGAGGUCUGGAUGCCCCCCACAGACCCUUACUGCCUUGUCAAGCGGCUGCUCCUAGAUAGACUGUUCUUUGCACCGGGCUUCCUCCUCCUCUUCUACUUUGUCAUGACUGUCCUGGAGGCUAAAGGCUGGACUGAUUUUGAAAAAAAAAUGAAAAGUAGUUACUGGACAGCUUUGAAAAUGAACUGGAAAGUUUGGACUCCCUUCCAAUUUGUCAACGUCAACUUUGUACCAGUGCAGUUCAGAGUUCUGUUUGCAAACGUCAUCGCCUUCUUUUGGUAUGCCUACCUCGCAUCAGUAAGGAAAUGA